GGGUCCCCAGGGGGGUCGGGGACACUGAGGGGGGGUCGGGCCCUGGCGGGGGAGUCCCCGCCGGGGUCGGUGGUGACCUGAGCCCCCCCGCUCCCGCAGCAGCCCCGGGCCCAGGCGAUGGCCGAGGACAGAGAUGUGCGGUUUGUCACCGAGGAGAGCUUUGACUUGGGGUCCUGUCACCCUCCGACAGGAUGAAGAGGAGGACGAGGAGAGCCCGGGCGGGGGUCCCGGCGCGGGGGCAGGGCGCUGGAGCCCCCUGCGAGGCGCCCGCCUGGAGGAGAUGGUGCGGGAGGCCACGCGCUUGGCCGCGCAGCUCGAGGGGUGUCACCUGCUCCCCGGCCCCGGGGACACCCUGGCGCCGCCGCCACCCCCGGGCACGCCGCGCAGCCCCCGGCGCCAGACGUUCGUGGUGAAGGACAGCCCGGUGCGGGCGCUCCUGCCCACCGUGGAGUCCCGGCCCGCGACCCCUGCGCCCCCGCACGGCCCCCGCCAGCCCCGGGGCCCUGCUGCCCUGCUGGCCCAAGACCCCCACCCGUCACUCCACGGCAGCACCCAAAGGACCCCGGGCUCAGGACCCCCAUCCAGCGGGGGCGCCCCCGGCCCUGCCCCCAGGGACAGGGGAGGGGCCAGGGCAGGUCGGAGCCCCGGAGUGCACGGCAGGCGCGGGGGCGCGGGGGUCCCCCAAACCGCCACCUCCACCUGCAAGGCGGGACCCCCUCCGGCCGCCUGCGACCCCCGCAAGACGGCAGCGAGCAGCACCCCCAGGUGA